AUGAUCAGGCGGUAUCUUCGACCCGUACAUACACGAAAAGAUGAGCUUUCCCCCACCGAGAUUGAUAGUGUGGUUUUUGAGGAUGAGAGCUGGGAACGCUGUGCGCAUCACGCUCCCAAUAACCACCCGUACAGAGUAAUCCAGGAAAUACGGUGGAUAUCAGAGUCGAUGCGCAAGGGCGUAGAGCGGGAUUCUCCGCCAACUUUUGCCCAACAGCUGCUUGCCAUGAGCGUGAAUGAGCCAGCUCUUCGAUUUUGGUUGCAGAACACCUCCAACGACUACAGCUUGUGCAGGAGGAGGUCAGCCAUGUUGACGUCUCUGUGCUUGCUGCUGCUGGUCACAGCAAGCUUCGCAGUGGCUCGCGAUAUUAUCUUCCCUCCUAUCAGCCCAGCACAAGCCAAGCUUCAAGGUCAUGCAGGACAGUAUCACUCUUCGAUCCCCUCAGACAAAGAGCCUUUCGUGGAGUUCGAGAAAUAUGCAGGGUUGACCACUUUUGCAAACCUUCCCUGGGUGCACUGCUUGUCGCCGAAUCAGCACGUUGAGGGCUACGAUAUCGCCUUUCUCGGUGCGCCGUUUGAUACAGGCACCACUGCCCGACCAGGUGCACGAUUCGGGCCCGCUGGUAUCCGAUGGGGUUCGAGACGAAUAGGACCUCCUAUGGCAUGGAGUGCCUAUACUCACGAGAAUACCUUCCUGGACUGGGCACGGAUUGUCGAUUGCGGUGACGCGCCCCUGACCUACCUCGACAACACGGUGGCCUUGCAGCAGCUUGUAAAGGCACACAGGGUGAUUUCAGGUCGUACGGCAAAUACCACGGAGGUCGCGACCGUACCUCGAAUCAUCACGCUAGGAGGAGAUCACACAACGACAUUGGCCGCCUUGCGAUCGACUAUCCACCACUGGGGUCCUGUUAGUGUCAUACAUUUCGACAGUCAUAUCGACACUUGGGAUCCUCAGGUGCUGGGUGGAGGCAUUUCCGACUAUGCCGGGCUGAACCAUGGGACAUUUCUUCACAUUGCUCAUGAGGAGGGGCUAAUCCUCAAUUCUUCGGCCCAUGCAGGCAUCCGGGCUCCCUUCAUCAACAAGAAGCAUGACUUGAAGAACGACCAGCGGUGCGGGUUUGAGAUCAUAACAGCCAGAGACAUUGACAAGAUCGGUGUCUCUGGAGUCGUUGAAAAGCUCAAGAAGCGUGUUGGUGACACGAAUGUCUACAUUUCCGUUGACAUCGAUGUGUUGGAUCCGGCGUAUGCUCCGGCAACAGGCACCGCCGAGGUGGGGGGCUGGACCACGAGGGAGCUGUUGAGUAUCCUGGAUGGCCUUGAAGGUCUGAAGGUCAUCGGCGCCGAUGUCGUCGAAGUGGCUCCCAUUUAUGACAAUCCGGGAGAGACCACCGUCCUCGCAGCCGCUGAAGUCGCUCACAGCCUAAUGAGCUUGAUGGUGGAGACUCCUGUCAAGCCGCGGGAGAAGGCGCAUGAGUAA